GACUGAGGCCGCACGCGCGACAGAGACGCAGAUUUCCAGGCCUACCUCGUGGGCGCGAGUAGUCGAUUCAUCGUCUUACUUUUGACGCCCUUGCUUCGCUUCUCUCUUUGCGCCCCCUUUCUGGGGCCUCCUGUGGCCCACUGGGCCCUUCAUUUGGCAGCCCCCCCGGCCGACCAAGUUUGAGGACCACGCCCAAAGCUACGUCUUUGGUUGGUGGACGGUGCUCCAGCCUCCCGCUUCUCCAGGGGAGUCGGUGAGGCUUAGUGCUGUUUUUUUUCUCUCGUUUGUGCGAUCCACCCACGGCCACGUCGUUCGUCUCCUUUAGGCGGGUGUCUUGGAAAGGUUCUGGUUCUCAAAAAGGGCUUGUGAGGCUCUGGUGAGCUGUACAGUCAAGCCAGGUCAGGUCUCGCUGCACAUACCGACCGAGUCCCUCUAUUUUGUCCACUCGCAACCAUGGAUCUCGCUGCCAUCGACGAGGAUCCUGCCGCUGCCAUCGCUGCAGCUGAAGCCGCCGCAGCUGCAUCUGUCACCGAUGAGCAGCUCAUCUUUUCGACGCCUGAUCGCAAGAUGCCCAUCUCAAAAUCUUCGUCCGGCGCGACGACCCCAGCCACCGGGUAUUUUUCCUAUGGCAACGACUACCGCAGCGACUACCGCCAUCGCUAUCACGACGACCAUGACUCUGUCCCGGAUCAGGACCUUCCUGGCAUGAGGACGCCCUCAUUACUGUCUAGUCCGAGUGUUGCUUCUAGUCUCGGCUUCUCCACUGGACGUUUGAGCCCGCUGAGGAGGGAGCUCUCCGGUUCAAGGCAUUCUUCUCAUCACGACCAAGAGCCCGAUGACGCCUCACCAACUGCCCGACGGGGUGCCCGUCUCAGCCGGAGCAACCGCGACACCCUCGCCCGGCGUCUGAGUCAACUCGCUCAUGAACUCACAUCCGGCAACGAUGAUGUUGAUGAUGUCGACGUCGACCUCCUCACCGCCCAGCUGGACCACUUGGAAGCAUCCACCAGAAUGAAGAAGACAGUCUCAUUCUCAUCUAACCCGUCCACUCCCUCACCUCGUCCCACUCCCCGACGGCCCCUGAGCGUCGACAUGCGCAGUCCCGGUGACUCCUUGUUCAGCUCUCCGGGUUCAUCCAUCUUCCGGACCCGCUUCUCCGACUUAUCAGCGUCUAUCCGGAGGGACCCCGAGCCGGAGCCGGAGCCGGAACCUGACCCUCCACCCAACAUGGGCAUGACGGUGGCUCAGGCCAAGAAGGUUAUCCAGGAAGUGACGCAGCUCAACGAAGAGAUGUCUCAACUCGUCGCCAAUCUCAAAGCUCGCCAGGAGGAGUCGGAACAUAUCCAAGGUCUCCUUAUUGAGCGUGCCGAACGUGCCGCCCAACGCAUCAUCUUUCUUCAGAACCGGGUAUCUCAUCUUGAGCAAGAGCUUCGCGAAAACGACGACGAGCUCCAGCAUCUACGGAUUUGUCUCAAGGCAGUUGAGAUCCAACUGCCUCCUCACCCGGACAAGGAACUUCAACGAUGCCUCUCUUCUUUCAAGCAGGACUACCAAGCCAUGAAGCGCAAACGUGUCAACCGCACUAGUAUCGCCAGUCUUUCCAGUCUUGGUUCUCCGUACCCUGGUUCGCCAGCAUGAUGAAGUCCACGCUUUAAAGGGCAGUGGCACGCGCAACGCUAUAACGACUUUAACGACAACGCAUUAUUCU